AUGCCUAUCGAGUUCGUUACGAGAGUUGACCUGACGUGUGACGACGCUAAUCGAAGGGGAUCGCGAUACUUCAGUCAAGAAUUCGACCAAGUGGCGUCAGGUCUCGGUGAACCGCUCAACCCUGCAGAAUUACGUAUGAAUGCAGCACUCUCAGCACAAAUGAGCCACACGUACACUGUGCCGGAGUGGUCUACGGGACGUUAUUUCGCAUCGCCGUGGGCACUUGCGAGAGAAAACGUUGAGGUGAGUUCUUCGGAUGAGGAGCCGGAUGAUACAGAUAGAGCCUUUGCAGAACAAUAUGCUCAGGACGUUCGAUCCGACGAAGAUGAGCAGCAACAAGAUCGGCGUAGGAAACAUACUGGAGCAGGAGAGCUUGGUCGAGCCAGCUCCUCAAUGAAGAAGAGUAGUCUUAAAGGAAAAAGUCCUGCAUCAUCAAAAUCGAAGCCAGGAAGCGCGAGGAAAUCAGAAGCACUAGACCCCUCGAAGUCGGGAAAAGAGGGUGCGGCCACUGCAUCAAAACAACCGGAAAGAAAGGCUGAUGAAAAGGAGAAAGGAGACCACAAGGUGGCUGCCCCCUCUUCCAUUUCUUCUUCUGCAGCUGAGGUCAAGAAAAAUAGUACAUCUACGAGCAAGAAGCAGAAGCAAGCUCACGGAGAUGAGAAUGUGGCUGAAAAUAAAGAUGAGACUGGUACAACUACAAUGGAGAAAGAUGGAAAUGCUUCUCCUGCAGCAUCACAACAUGGUAACAAAAAACCAUCUCCCAAAGCAAAAUCGAAAGCAGUUGAUGUGGAGAAAGAGG